AUGAACUUGCUUAUUGCAUGUUCUGCGAACUACAACCCGCUUGUGGAGCCCUGCAUAUCAGAAGAGGGGCCACGGGUGGAAAAGGGUGAUGGAGAAGUGACAUCUAUUGGCAAACUGGCGGCAACAGCUUCACCGAUGACCAUUCCAACAGUCCAGAGGAGGCUUAUUCAAGUCAGCGAUUGUAAAACUGACUAUAAUGAGAACCCGGAGGGGCUGAGGGUUGCUUAUUUCCCAACGGGGUUCCGUAACUGCAGGUCAGAGUAG